AUGAAUGAGAAUAGAAAAAAAAAGAGUAAUGGUGAUGAAAAAAUAAGAAGUAUUGAUAUUUAUUUUGAUAAUGAAGAAACAGAAAUUCCUAUAAAUAAUUCUAGGAAAAGAUAUGAAGGACAAAAAGAAAAAGUAAAUAAAGAAAUUUCAAAACAAUAUGAUAAAAAGGAAUUCUCAAUUCUUAGUAAUUUUCAAAAAGAAUUAAAUGAUAAAAGUGAUAUGGAAAAAAAUGAAGAAAUUGAGAAUCAUUUUCAUAAAAAAAAAAAUUAUGUAGAAGAAAAUAAUAAUUUAAAUUAUGAAGAAUUUGAAAUACCUAUUCGAAGAAAAAACACUAAAAAUGAUAAUUAUAAUGACGAUUUUUAUAAAAAUAUUGAAAAGGAUAAAGAAUAUGAAGAUAAUAGAAAAAUGAAUUUAUUAGAUAUUUUCAAUUAUCAUGAUUUUCCUAUCAAUUUUUUUGGGAGAAAAAAAAGAAAAACAAAAAAUACAGAAAAAAAGUUUGUUAUAGAAUUCCUUGACUCAUAUAACGACGACUUUGUAAAAAAAAAUAUUAAUAACAAUCUUAUUUUUGAAUCUAUAGGAGUGUGUAGAGGUGUUUCUUUUUUAUAUAUAAAUAAAAAUAUUAAUAUUAAUUGUAUAGGCUCAAAGGAUGAUAACUCAUUUUAUUUUUAUAAAAUGAUACCAUUUGAUAAAAUUUAUUCAAAGGAUUCCAUUAAUAAAAUAUUAAACAAAAAAAAAGUAGUUUCAAAAAAAGAAGUUAUAAGACAAAAAGAUAUUAAAAAUACUGAUUUAUAUAAUAAUCAUCAAAAUAAUUUUUUAAAAUAUUAUCAUAUUCUUAAAAAUUAUUUUUUUAAAGGUAAGAAAAAAAAAACAUUAUAUAAUGACUUGUACCUAUCAACAUAUGAAAAAAAUUUAAAAUCAAGUAUAUGCAUAGGAACACAUAUAUAUUCAAAAGAAAGGGCAGUUAAAAAAUGUUUUGGAUUAUUAAUUGAACAAAAUGUAUACAAUAUAAAUCAGCCGCAUGAUGAUAAUACAACUGUUAAUAAAAAUUUAGAAAAUUUAUAUUUUGAUUUUCCACAUGAUAAAAAUCAAAUAAUUUUUAAGCCUAUUUAUUAUCCUUAUAAAAACAUGAAAAUUGUAAACAACUCUUUGCAAAAUUAUUUAAGAAAUAUCCAUUUAGAAAAAUUGAAUCAUUUAAAAGAUGCCCAAUUUUAUUAUGAUGCAAAAAGAAAUAUUUUUAAUUUUUCAAAAGAUUUAUAUUUAACAACCAAAAAUGCUAUUAAAUAUUUUGAUUCUCCUAAGGAUUUCAUUAUUCAAACAGCGAAAAGAAUGCAAGAUAUAAAUAUUCAAAUAAAAAAGAUUUGCGAAAAAUCUCUUUAUAUUGUUCAUGAAUCUAUUUUAAAAUUAAGUAAAGAAUCCAAAUCUUCAUAA